UCAAUCAUUACCACGACAAGGAUCUCUUUUGUAAUUUUAUGCCAUUUCCAUUUUCACCCUUUUCUGAUGAUUUUCCCAUAUCAUGGCUGAUCAAUAUCGUUUGAUCCCCAUUUCAUGUCCUUGCAUUAUAAAUCCAGGGUUUGCAAAGAUACGAGAAUACUGAUUUCACAGAGAAAGGUAUUUGGACAUUUAUGUUAUGGAUCGAUCGAAAAGUAUUCCAUGGUUUGUUUAACUGAAGACCUCAUGUAAUUUCUGAAGUUAUUGUUUUGAAUUGCAAUGGCUGCUGAGAUUACAUCUGAUAAAAAGAGGAAACCUCGGGAUUCUAUGACUCUAUUGUCAUCUGCAGCUUGUGAAUGGUUCUUGAUAUUUCUGCUGUUUGUGGAUGCAGCAUUUUCGUAUUUGCUUACAAAAUUUGCUAAUUAUUGUGAACUGAAAACACCUUGUUUGUUUUGCUCAAGGCUUGAUCUUGUUAUCCGGGAUAAGAAACCUAGAUGUUACUGGAGUGUAUUAUGCAGUGACCACAUAGGAGAGAUUUCAUCUUUAGUAUCUUGUUCUGUUCACAAUAAACUUGCUGAUAUUAAUGGGAUGUGUGAAGAAUGUCUAAUGCCAAUUGCCAUGAAGAAUAAAUCUAAUUCCGAAUCAUAUAGGUUGUUGGUGGGUAAAUUAUUGGUGGAUGUUGAGAGAUCUGUUCUACAGAAUUUAAUGUUGAAUAAGAAUAUACGGCUUGUUUCUUCUGGUCGAAGGGCUUGUUCGUGUUGUAACAAGACAUGGAAAGCAAAAUUGAAUGCUGAAAGAUUACACGAACUAACCUUAGUAGGUUUUGGGGCGUCUAAAGCCAAUGUCAAGCCCCCUCUGCCUCGUGUACCUGGUCGUAGUCGAUUCAGCCGUCGGGAUAGCUUCAAGAGGUUAAGAGAUAAAUUCACGGGACAGUUAAAAAAUCAGCUUGCGGGGAACAAGAGUGUUGACUCGAUAUCUCAUGUAGGGUAUACAAAGUUGAAUAUCACUUCCGACUCUGAUUCGGAGGUCCCUCUCUCUGAUGAUGACGAUGAAGGAAAAUCUGGCUUUCAUGGAAUAAAUGUGUUAUCAGAAAAGCAGGCGCAUCAAGCUUCUGAAGCGAUAACUUCACUAUUUGAUCAAUCAGUUCUGCCUGAUGUAAGCGAGCUCAAGAAUAAGAUAUCUGUGACAUCAGACGAGCUUAAGGGGGACCAAUCUCAUUUAAAGCCUAAUUUAUCUCAAAUGGCAGAACUGAUAUCAUUGGGUGAUGGAUUCCAACCACCAGAUGUUGAAGGAGUUCCUUUUGAUGCAUCAGUAGAGACACAUAAAUGCAAUCCUUCUCUCUCUCAUAUACCUUCCCUCUCUGUAUUAUCUGAGCUUCUUUCACUGAACAGUGUUCCUUCCUCAGCCGAUAUUGGAACAAAACAAUUGAACUUGGCAGAUGUUGCAGGAACCAGUUACGAAGAAAAUGCAUCUGUGGCCAGAUAUUUGGCAGCUGAAACAGAAAGCUCUUCAGAGCAUGUUUUUGCUAUGAAUCUUACUGAUGCAUCAUCUCCAAAUAAUGAAGGUAUGGAGCCAAUUGUUGUCACCGAUUCCACUAAAAUUGAAGAGGAUACAAAGUCCCCAAAACAGGUAUCUAGAUCUGACAUGGGUCUAACAUCAAAAACUAUGAGUCUGAAAGCUCAUAGUCAACUCUCUGCACUUCCAAAAUGUGAAGAUUCUAGUCCAUGUGCUCUUCCUGUUUCAUCCUCACUGGAGAGACAUGAUUCUGGCUGCGAAUCUUUGGAUGGAAUCAGUGUAAGUGAAAUCGAAGGUGAAAGUUCUGUUGAUCACCUAAAACGACAGGUUGAGUAUGACAAGAGUUGCAUGAAUGCUUUAUACAAGGAGUUGGAGGAAGAAAGAAAUGCGGCUGCCAUUGCUGCAAAUGAGGCAAUGGCCAUGAUUACAAGAUUGCAAGAGGAGAAGGCAGCACUUCAUAUGGAAGCCUUGCAAUACUUAAGAAUGAUGGAGGAACAAGCAGAGCAUGAUAUGGAAGCACUGGAAAAGGCUAAUGAACUCCUAUCUGAAAAGGAGAAGGAAGUGCAAGAUUUGGAAGCGGAGUUCGAGUUUUACACAAGUAAUUUCCUAAAUGAGUCAGCGGCCAAGGAUCUGCUUAAAUUGGAGAGAAAAAACUUAAUUGUUGAGAAUCAUGCUGAGAAUAGUCCUACGGUUCCUAGUGAUUCAAAGUCUACAGAACUUUUAAAAGGUAGCGGAAAAUCUAAACUUGUAAAUAUUUCAAUAUUAAACUUCGAGGAUGAAACACACUACAUUUCAAAAUGUUUGAAGAAGUUGGAGGAAAAGCUUCAUCAAGCUGCCUUUAAUGGGAUACCAAAUGGCAUGCCAAAUGGUGUAAACUCCAAAAAUUUUACAAGUGAAAUUGAUAAUCUGGAAAACUUAUCUGUCGAUGGGGAGACUCGGUUAGAUGAACAUAAUGAGAACAACAGUUUGCCAUUGCAGAAAGAUGUAUCAGGAUCAAAUAGAAGUCUUUCACAGGACAUGCCUAGUGAUUUAGUUGAGGACAAUCAUUUUGUUAAUGAAAUGAAUGUUACUAUGGAUAGUGAUAGGUGUAAAUUGUCCAUGAAUAGAGUUCAAAUAAACUCGGGUACACUUGAGAAAGGAAUAGCAGACCUUCGUGAUCGGUUGGAAGCAGUUGAGACUGACUGUGAUUUCCUCAAGCAUGCUUUUAAUGCACUCCAAAAUGGAAAUGAUGGAUUAGAGUUUAUUCAUGAAAUAGCUCAUCAGCUACAAGAAUUACGAAAAAUUGAAAUAAAAAAGAGAUGCAUAUCAAUCCCUUGAUAUCACGUGCUUCCCAAUGGAUGCAUGACCAGAAGAAAAGCUGAACCAUGAGCAAGCAUCAUCAUUUGAUAUUUACAGUGUCUAAAGACAGAAAAUGUGAAGAUGUAUCUUAUAAGUCUCCCUGAAGUUCUCAUAAUCAAGAUAAGAUUUGCAGAAAAGUACCUGUUCAGUUUCUCAGAUGAGGAAAGUAUGCCAGAGAACGGGUUACAUCAAUAGUCUGCUGAAAUUGUUGAGCUCUUAUCCUUCAUUUUCGUGUAGAUUGGGUUUUGUUCUCUAGUUGUUUUUCAGCAAUAACUUUGCAGAAUUAUUCUUGUAUUUUCAUUUCGUUACAGUCCCUAUUCUGAGCUUAUAAUUUAGAUUUUAUUCAAUUCUUGUAUGUAGCUCUUAAGGUUGGGCAUAGUAAGCCAGUCCCCCUUCCCUUUGUAAAUGCAGUAGUUCUUGUGCUAGUGGUUUUAUGUUAUUUUGAUUCUUUC